AUGGGAUUUGUUUCAUUGUUGAAAAUGAAGUGCGGAAAACUGUCUCAUUCAAUGUGUCGUUUUUUGGUUUAUAAACUAAAUCCUUGUGAAUCAUCAAUCGUGCUACAUGGGAAAACACUUAAGAUAUCUGUGGAUGACUUUGUGCCCAUAAUGAGUGUUAAGGAUGGAGGAGAGGAAGUUGACUUCACCGGAUCCAUGGAUGAGCAACACAUUGUAAAGGUGUGA